AUGGCUAAGUCUUUGGUGAAGUCUAUAUCGAGUUCUAUGAAGAGCUCACCUCAUGAUGACGGCUAUGACAACAAAGUCAUACAACCGGACACUCUUAGUGAUGCUGAGGAUGAGACCAUUGAUCACAAGCACUCCAUUGACUGCGAUAUUGUCAGCCAUUCGGUCAUCGAUUGUCAAUAUAAGCCCCAAAGGGGUGAACCCUUCUAUGCCCUCAACCCCUCCAUAUGGCCCGAAGAUAUUCUGACGGCUCUCUCACAGCCCGAGGAUUCACAGCCUCCGCAUCACUUCGAUGACUACGGAUUCAUCACUGAAUACAAACCACACCACAAACAAGAAUCACAUGAAUCACUUGAAUCAGAUCCACAAACACACAAACAUUCUGUUAGUACAGAAUCCGAUGAAGACUUGCGCUCCAAAUGGAUCUGUUAUUUGGAGUUCCACUACAACAAAGAGGCCAUUCCUCACAUGAAGUGGUCUCAGGUGGACAUACAGAUGAGACACACGAAGGUGUUGACAGAACUCAUAAAAUCAGGCAUUUGUUCGCCUCUAAGGCCUGCCAUUUGGAUGCGGACCUCGAAGGGAAUGACACUGAAAGUGAACAGCAACUGGACGUAUACCCAACUUUGCGAUCUCUCUAAUCACGUGCCAUCCCUUUCCGACAAACAAAUAUCCAAAAUCCUGCCGACGAACGCAUGCUUUAUGUCCAACACUUCUGUCGGAAUCGAAAGACUUAGAAGAAUAUUACGGGUUAUUAAAUGGCUCCAGAAGAAUGGGACCACAGUUUACAAUAUGAGCCGCGAGUCCGUCAAUCUGUCGGUUAUCGCCGCUUAUCUUCUGCUGGUCUGCGAGGAAGAGGACGCCUUUUGGCUCACGUUAUCCAUUGCUAAUGAACUCAAAUCAUUCAGCCAUCAAAGCACUCUCAAGGAUCUCAUUAGCACUAAUUGUCCACAAAUCGAUGACAUACUGAAACAACACGACAUUGAAUUGAGUUUAAUUACUUCCCAUUGGUUUUCCGCUCUUUUCGCCGCUUUUAUUCCCGAAACCAAAACUCUUUUCCAUUUAUGGGACCUUUACUUCUAUUUUGGAUCAAUUGUUUUGUUUCAAAUAACUUUAGGUCUUCUCGUUUGUCACAAUCAUAUCAUAUGCGACACCAAAGAUUCAGCGAAUGUCUUCAAUUCAUUAUCAGACUUACCAUCAAAUAUCAAAGACUUAUCGUCAUUGCUAUUGAUUUGGAGUACCGGAGAACAGUUUGUUCAGCACUUGACUCCCAGUCCUCUGACGUCCAAUAUAUCAGAAAACUCUUCGAGUCACACAUCCAUGUUAUCGUUGCCAUCAUUUAGUUCCGAUAUACAAGACUCAGAUCCAAAGACAAAGAAUGUGAGACAGACUUCCAUUAUAUUGGAGUUACACGAAGCUAUCGAAGCGAUUGGCCGUCACUUUGAAGUCCACGAGCCGUCUUUCAAAGCGAAUCUGAUUCCCGACUAUUCGUGUGUUGACAACAAUGAAGAGGAAGACGAUUACAAUCAAAGAAAGCAACGAAUGAGACAAAGAAGAGCCAAAGCAUUGAUUGAUUUCCAACGACACGAUUCGGAUGAGUUGGGGUUCAGGAAGAAUGACAUCAUAACCAUAAUCAGUGAGAGGGAUGAGCACUGUUGGGUCGGGGAGUUGAAUGGUCUGAGAGGUUGGUUUCCGGCGAAGUUUGUGGAAAUGCUGGACGAGAGGAACAGAGACUACAGCAUCGCUGGCGACGAUCGCGUCAUUCCCUUCGUUAAUGACUUAAUUCGGGGCCGACUUUACAAUGCAAUCAAAACUAUAUUAACGUACGGAAUGAAGAAAACUCUGUUCGUGACGACCCAUCCCUGGAUCAUAAUUGAAGCCAUUUCUAAGGCGUGCGCCGAAAGUGACUUCAAUUCCGUGUAUUCACGGCUAGUGUUGACGCGAACCUUCCGUUUGGACGAAUUCGCGAGAGUUCUCACGCCUUCCGAGUUGUUGUACAGAAGUAUUGCACACAUAAACCAUACGCACGAGAAUGAGGCCAUGGAUGUCAAGCUUCGCUCUCUUCUAUGUAUUGCUUUAAAUCAGAAUAUUCUUCACGAAUGGUUUGCUGUUAUUUGUGCCAAUCAACCGCACAUUAUCUCCAAAUGGUAUCACAACUGGAGUUUCAUCAACAGUCCGGUUUGGAAAAUGAUUAAGUCUGAGCUCAGGUACUGUACCUCCACUUUAAUUAAAUAUACACAUCAAAUAAUACUCCCGCUAUUGACACAGUUUUCGUUUAAUUUGAACCCAAACUCAGAACUGUCUGAAAGUAUUCAACCGAAGUCUCCCGUCUCGAAGGAUGGCACUAAGUCAUUCCUCAAGCUUUUGAAAUAUACUAAAACCACAAGAACUAAAUUUUUGAGCGCAAUCUUUGCCUCCUUUCCCAUACAACUGUGCGCUCAUAUAGUCCUGAAGGAGCCCCUCCUCAUCAUAAGACCGCGAAACCAUCAAAAUGUGUUCCAAUAUCUCGUGAAACGGCGAUUCAAUAAGCAUUGGAGUGGCGGCUAA